AUGUCCGAUUCUCCUACGAACCAAGGCUACAAGCUCGGUGUGGAUGUCGGUGGUACCUUCACCGACGUCUACAUCUUCACCCCGCACGGUCAGACGGUCCGGGCGAAGGUCCCCACGACCAUCCCGGAUCAGAGUGUGGGCAUCCAGAAUGGCAUCACCAAAGCCCGUCAACUGCUGAAAGAGCGGUUCGACUGGUCGGGGACUUUCCAGUUCAUCCACCACGGCACCACCACGGCCACCAAUGCCGUGCUCGAGGGCAAAGGCGCCCGCACCGGCCUGGUCGUCACCUCCGGCCACAAGGAUAUCCUCGCCCUGCGUCGCUCCCAGAUCCCCGGCGGGCUGGGAGCCUGGCUGAACUUCACCCCGCCCGAUCCCGUGGUGCCGCUGGAGCGCGUCGUGCAGUGCACCGAGCGCAUGUCGGUGCACGGCGAGCCCGUGACCGACGUUGACGUGGAGGGCUUACGGCACAGCCUGCAGGCGCUGGUCCGCCAGCGGCCCGAGGCCGUGGCUAUCUCGCUGCUGAACUCGCAUAGCAACGACGCUCACGAGCGCAUCGUCGCCCGCGUCGUCCAGGAGGAGCUGGGCCCCGAUGUCGCCGUCAUCUGCUCGGCCGACGUGCUCCGCGAGGUGGGCGAGUACGAGCGCACCGUGACCACGUGCACCAACGCCCUAGUAAAGCCCGUCGUGCAGACCUACCUGCGUAACCUGUCCGAAAAGCUGGCCCCCGAGAGCGACACCAUCCGCGUGUUGAAGAGUGACGGCGGGCUGACCAGCCUGGCGCUGGCCGGUGAGCUGCCCGUCAACAUCCUCAUGUCCGGCCCCGCCGGUGGCGCCAAGGGCGUGGCCGAUGUCGUGGCCCACAGCACCCCCUACAAGAACCUCAUCACCCUCGACAUGGGUGGCACCUCCACCGACUGCGCCCUCAUCUACAACGGCCAGCCGCAGCUGCGCCGGGAGACCGUCGUCGAGAACCUGUCGGUGCGCUCGCCCGCCGUCGAUAUCCACACCGUCGGCGCGGGCGGCGGCUCCAUCACCACCUACAUGGAACUGACCGAGACGCUGCGCGUCGGGCCCGAGAGCGCGGGCGCCGCACCCGGACCGGCCUGCUACGGCAAGGGCGGCCGCCAGGCAACGGUCACCGAUGCCAACCUGGUCCUGGGCUACCUGCCCAAGACGCUGCUGGGCGGCGAAUUUGCGCUGGACGUGCAGGCGGCCGUGGCUGCUGUCGAGGACAUCGCCACCCAGAUGAAGCUUCCCGUCCCCCAGACCGCCGAGGACAUCAUCACCAUCAUCAACGAGACCAUGUACGGCGCUCUGCGCCUGGUGUCGGUCGAGCAGGGCUACGACCCGCGCGAAUUCGCCCUGGUGGCCUUCGGUGGCGCCGGACCGCUGCACGCCAACGCCGUCGGCGAGCUGCUGGGCGCCUGGCCUGUCAUCGUCCCGCCGUCGCCGGGUAUCCUUUGCGCACAGGGCGACGUGACCACCAAGCUGAGCCACGAACAAUCAACCACCUUCAUCCGCCUGAUCACCGAGACCACCGCCGAGGACGCUCGCGCCCGGUACGCCGCCCUGGAGGCGCAGUGCCGCGAGACGCUGCAGCGGACUGCCGGCGAGAGCGGCCCCACCGAGUGGACGUCCAAGUACCAGGCGGACCUGCGGUACAAGGGACAGGCGCUCACCAUCACCGUCGACCUGGACGCCGCCGAGCUGGCGGCCCUCGACACCCCCGGCUGGCACGGCGGCCUGCGGGCCAAGUUCGACCGCCAGCACCAGCAGCUGUUCACCUACACGCUGCCGGACUUUGAGCUGGAGCUCAUGCGUCUGGGCGUCGUGCUGGAGGACGCCUCCCCCGGCAUCGACAUCCCCCAGGUGGGCGCUGCGGCGUCGCCGGCUCCGCCCGCGGAGGCCCGGGUCGGGGAGCAGACGAUCAUUGUGCGCGGCGUGGAGCAGACGGCGACGCUGUGGGACCGACAGAGCAUCACCCAGCAGGGCGUGCGCGUCGACGGACCCUGCAUCAUCACGGAGAUGGACAGCAACACGCUGAUCCUGCCGGGCUACUACGGCGAGAUCGACGCCAUCGGCAACAUCCUCAUUCAGCCGGUGGACCACAAGCCCCGGGACGCGGUGGAGUCGCACACCCCCGAGACGGCGGGCGAGCUCGUCCGCAGCACGCCGCUGAUCCCCACGCUGGUGGGAGCGGCGCUGGGAUCGAUCCGCGGUGAGAUGGACAAGAUGAUGCUGCGGUGCAGCAUGUCGCCGGCGAUCCGCGAGCAACAGGACGAGUUCAACGUGAUCACGAACUCGGCGGGCAAGAUGCUGGUCGGCCAGUUCGGCAGCUUCAUCACGCAGUUCCUCGAAAUCUGGCACGGCACGAUCGAGGAGGGCGACAUCUUCGUGACCAACGACACGUACCAGGUGCAGGGAGCCAUCAGCCAUCUCAACGACCUCAUCGUGUUGCUGCCCAUCUUCCACGAGGGCCAAAUCAUCGGCUGGGCGUCACAGUUCGGCCAUCUGACGGACGUGGGCGGCAUGGUACCCGGCAGCAUGUCGAUCAACUCCACCUCGGUCUUCGACGACGGCGUCCAGGUGCCGUGCGUCAAGUUGUACGCGCGCGGCGUGCUCAACGCAGACCUGAUCGAGCUGCUGGCGCGCAACUCGCGCCAGCCCGCCUGGUACCGCUCCGACCUCAGCGCGCUGGUGGCGGCCUGCACCAUGGCAGCGACGCGCGUGCGCGAGCUGGCGGCCCGCUUCGGCCGCGAGGUCUACCUGGCGGCGUGCGCCGAGCUGCUGCAUCGCAACCGGGCGGGGCUAGCCAAGAUCGUCGAGCGACAGUUCGACGACCUGGAGAGCCGGUUCACCGACUUCGUCGACGACGACGGGCACGGGGUCGGUCCGUGGGCGCUGUCGUGCUCGAUGCGCAAGAUCGACGGGAACCGGCUGCGCUUCGACUGGUCGGGCACGUCGCCGCAGAGCACGCACAGUAUCAACUUCUACCUGUCCGAGACCAUGUUCCGCAUGUUCAUCGGAUACUACCUCAUCGCCGCGGCGGCGCCGGGCACGGUCAUCAACGACGGCUUCCACGACCUGGUCGACGUGUACAUCCCCGAGGGCACGGUGCUCAAGCCUGUGCGGCCGGCGCCCAUCUCGUGCCGCACGCACCUGAUGGGUCGCACGCUGGACAUCGUCCAGGCGCUGAUCGGCCAGAAGCACGACGCCUACCAGGCGGCCGCCGGCUUCAGCGACUCGCCGCACUUCUUCUACUCGGGCUUCAAGCCCGACGGCGAGUGGUACCAGCUGUACCAGAUCGGGUUCGGCGGUGUGCCCGCGCGCCAGGCAGGCGACGGACCCGACUGCCACUGCCUCUUCCCAGCCAUCAAGUCGAUCCCGACCGAGAGCAUCGAGCUCAACUACCCGCUCCGCAUCGAGGCCAACGAGAGCAUGGCCGACAGCGGCGGGCCGGGCUUCUACCGCGGCGGGAACGCCCAACGCACCCUCUACCGCUUCCUGGCCCGCGGUGAGUUCAGUCUGCACGACGACCGCUGGUUCACCAAGCCCUGGGGACUGAAGGGCGGCAAGCCGGGCUCGCGCUCGCGCAAGGUGCUGUACCGCCACUCGCAGUCCGCCACCAACCCGCCCACGGAGAUCCUGCCGUCCAAGUGCGACCACGUCCGCGUCGACCCAGGCGACCUGCUCGAGUGGGUGACCUGGGGCGGCGGUGGUCUGGGCGAUCCCCUGACCCGGCCGGCCGAGAAGGUCGCCCUCGAGGUCAGCCGCCACCUGGUGACCUUCGACGGUGCGCGCCAGGGCUAUGGCGUCGUUGUCACCGAAGACUAUAAGGUCGACACGGCCGCCACCGACGCGCUGCGCACGGAGAUGCGUCUGGAGCGCGCCCAGCUGGGCGAGCCCCCGGUCUACGACCGCGGUGGCACCAUCGAGGAGCUGCGCCAGUCGUGUCUGGCCGAGACGGGUCUGGAGCCGCCGUUGCCGCAGUGGGAGGUGGAUGUGUAUGGACCGCACUCUGGGGUGCCGUACGUGCGACAAUGGUACGAUGAGAUGAAGACUAAGAACGGGUGGGAUCUGUAA